AUCCAUUUUCCAUCAAUCACAGCUCGACGCGUAAGAGAUAAGUAGUCGUCUUGCAGGGAAAUCCGUAUCUUCCUUUACUAAACGCACCCGUUUCGUUCACGCGUAUCGUAACCCCCACCGCUGCCGCUCCAAUAGAAAGCACACAACUGCGCUAUUGGUGAGUCGUUUUGUGGGCGGAAGUUUAGGGUCUGCCGGUUUCCAAGUAUCCACUUCUUCCUUUGUCGCCGGACAUGGUGACGGCGCGAGUCAGAUCCGAUCCCAUCAACUCUCGUAUUCAUCGUUCUUAAUUUGGUCUUCGCUGCUACUUUUCGUCUCCAUGGAACGCGCCAUCUUAGAUCUGCGGCAAGAGUCUCGGACUACUCCGCUUCCGAUCCCGCGAAGAGGCCAUUGCAUGGAGUGGACAAAACCGUACUGCUAGAAUUGGAGGUGUACUGAGGAGAUGAAGGAUCUAUCAUCGUGGGGUUUGAUUAUAGGGGUGACAAUAGGUGUGGUGAUUGGGGUGCUUCUGGCUGUAGGUGCUCUGUUCUGCAUCAGAUUCCGGAAGAAGCAUGCUCAGAUACGGCUCAGCAGCUCAAGGAGGGCAUCGACAAUUCCCAUGCGUGUCAAUGGUGUUGAUUCUUCUUCAGUGCUCUCGGACUCUACCAUGGAUCAGGAGUCCCCCAAGCAUCCUGAAACUGAAGCAGAUGGCUCAUCCUUUUGGAUUGAGGGAACUAAGAGGAAAAAUCUUGUGUCAGUUUCUGGGAUUCCCAAAUAUUUUUACAAAGCCUAUCAUGCUAUAUUCCAAAUUUUGGUUGCUGCCUUCAAUCUCCCUAGAAGAUCUGAAGUUCUUGCAAAAAAUCAAAUAUUUUUCCCACAACACAUUGGAGAUUCACCCAUAUGGCAUAAGGCCAUUUUGUUUGCGCUCCCAUUUUCUGUUUUUCUUGCUUUACUACACAGUAUGAGGGAUUUGCAAAAGGCAACUCGUAACUUUACAACGUUGAUUGGUCAGGGGGCAUUUGGUCCUGUUUAUAAAGCUCAGAUGCCCACUGGUGAGACAGUCGCUGUUAAGGUUCUUGCUACUAAUUCUAAGCAAGGGGAGAAGGAAUUUCAGACUGAGGUUCUACUACUUGGGAGAUUGCAUCACAGAAAUCUGGUUAAUUUGGUUGGAUAUUGUGCUGAGAAAGGGCAGCAUAUAUUGAUAUAUGUCUAUAUGACUAAUGGGAGCCUUGCUUCCCAUUUGUACAGUGAAAAGCAUGAAGCAUUGAGAUGGGAUUUGAGGGUUAAUAUAGCUUUAGAUGUUGCAAGAGGCUUGGAAUAUUUACAUGAUGGUGCUGUCCCACCUGUAGUGCAUCGCGAUAUCAAGUCUGCAAACAUAUUGUUAGACCAUUCCAUGAGAGCUAGGGUUGCUGACUUUGGGCUCUCAAGAGAAGAAAUGGUCAGCCACCAGGCAUCCAAUAUCAGAGGAACUUUGGGGUACCUCGAUCCUGAGUAUGUUUCAUCAAGGUCAUUUACAAAGAAAAGUGAUGUUUAUAGCUUUGGAGUUCUGCUUUUUGAGUUGAUUGCAGCACGGAAUCCACAGCAGGGUCUUAUGGAAUAUGUUGAGCUUGCGGCAAUAAAUGCGGAAGGACGAGUGGGAUGGGAAGAAAUUGCAGAUCCCCGGCUAGAUGGGGUAUUCGACGUAUCCGAACUUAAUGAUGUUGCAGCACUUGCAUAUAAAUGCAUCAAUCGGCUCUCUAAAAAACGACCAUCCAUGAGAGUAGUAGUCCAAGCACUAUCCCAGAUUCUAAAAACCAGUCACAGAAAGCACCAUAGUAGGAGAUGGUUGCCCAUCACAGUGGAGGAAGAGUCCUUGGACAUAGAACUAUCUGAACAUCAGAGUUCAGUGUCCGGACAUCAGAGAGAGGAGUCCAUUGACAGUGUGUCUGAUCUGCCUGAUGUUUGAUACGCUUCAUACAUUUAUUUCAUUCCCUUUCCCUUUUGUUUGCUAAUUUGUUUGUAUUGAUAGUUUUGUGAAAUAUACAUGGUAGGUCAAAGAAAACAUGGAAAAGUUGUAAUUUCAAGAAUCAUGGCUUAGGGCUUAGUGCCCCAUCA